GCGGUGCACCCGCAUACAGGUAGCGCCCGAGGUGCCGAGUUCGUCCUCGACAACCAUGUCUGUCCGCCUAGCCGCAACGAGCAGGCUCUUCAGAGUCGCGGCACCCUACCGGGCUGCAGUUGCUGGGACGCGACAGCUUCGUGCUGUGCACACGUCGAGGCCUGUGAGAGGUAUGCCUAGUCCCGGCUGUGCCGCCGCUCCCAACUCACCGCGUGCUGUAGCCUCCGAAUCCCCCUUCCAAGAACAAACCUCGCCCAACCCUUCCAUCACCCUGUAUGCAGAGGCCACCGAAAAGCUUCACACCUACGGGUCGUACCUCAUACAGUGUCUGCCCAAAUUCAUCCAACAAUUCUCAGUCCUCAAGGACGAAUUGACUUUAUACGUCCCUCCCUCUGGCGUCAUCCCUGUCCUCACUUUCCUCCGCGAUCAUUCACAAUGCCAGUUCAAGGGAUGCAUGGAUAUCAGCGGUGUCGACUUCCCCGAGAGAGACAAGCGGUUCGAAGUCGUCUAUCAUCUACUGAGCAUCAAGUAUGGCGGGCGGAUCAGGGUGAAGACCUACGCUGGUGAGACAGACCCUGUGCCAAGCGCGGUCCCUGUCUUCAGCGGUGCGGAUUGGUACGAGCGAGAGGUUUGGGAUCUAUAUGGCGUGUUCUUCGAGGGGCAUCCUGACUUACGCCGCAUUCUCACCGAUUAUGGAUUUGAGGGGCAUCCCCUUCGGAAGGACUUCCCACUUACGGGCUACACUGAGGUUCGCUACGACGAGGAGAAGAAACGCGUUGUUUACGAGCCCUUACAACUCACGCAGGCUUUCCGAAACUUCGACGCUCUGUCGCCGUGGGAGCAGGUUGGCGACGGUACUGUCCCGAAACGGCCGGACGAGUUGAAGCCAGUCCCGCCGCCGCCUCCUGCGGAGGAGCCGCAGAAGAAGUAGUAGAUCGAGCCAGUAUAAUUUCACACACUUUUCACUGGUACGAUGUGGGUGCUCUGCUGCGCUGGCAGUGCGGCCCUGUCUCUGCGAGGAGUUGGUGUGAUUUACUUGCCCGGUAUGAUAACUUUGCCACGACACGCGCAUGAAGUGCGCACAGCGAUCGUCGAAGUCGGCUUCUCGGACAGCUACACACGUGAUCUCGUCAUUGGUGGUUGAAAGUGGCCGUGUGUUCACUUUGAGCAGUUCCUCGCAGGUACCCUCACCAGGUUGAGACCCUCCCGUCCCCUUCCCCAUCUUGGCAGGGUCGUCGCAGGUGCGGUGUUCCAACUAGCCCACGACAGCGUCCAGGGGCCCUUGGUGAUACGCCCAGGCAUCUACGACCGCUU